AUGGCUUCCAACAACCAUCUCUUCUCUACGAGCUUCCACGGCACGAACCUCCCCUCCUUCGCUACGAGCUUGAGUUGCUGCUUCAGAAGAGCCCGCCAUUAUCCGACUCAAGCUUCCGAUAAGCUUCCGUCAGCCGCUGUGAGAUUGAAGCUGGCAAACGAAGGCGAAUCGAGCAGACAAGUCGCUUCUUUUGGAGCUCCAGGUUUCCUGCAGAAGGAGAAAUUAACUGUCGCUGUCGAUGUAGAUGAAGUUCUUGGAAGCUUCCUCUCUGCUCUGAACCAAUUCAUCGCCGACCACUACUCCUCCAAUCAUUCCGUCUCUGAAUAUCAUGUUUACGACUUCUGCAAGAUAUGGAAGUGCUCUCGAGCGGAAGCCAAUAUCCGAGUUCAUGAGUUCUUCAAAACUUCUUACUUCAAACUGGGCAUUCAUCCCAUCCCUGGUGCUCGAUCUGCUCUCACUAACCUGUCCAGUUUCUGCAACUUGUUGGUCGUCACAUCUCGACAGAAUGCCAUCAGGGAUCACACGGUUGAGUGGAUAGAAAAAUACUUCCCUGGCCUGUUCCGAGAGAUCCACUUCGGCAACCAUUUCUCUCUGCACGGAGCUUCUAGAUCAAAAUCCGACAUUUGCAGGUGUUUGGGAGCUCAGGUUCUGAUUGACGACAACCCCAAGUAUGCUCUCGAGUGUGCAGAGAUCGGCAUGAAGGUUCUGCUCUUCGAUUACCAGAGCUCUUACCCUUGGUCACGGACAGGAUCGGCGACUGCGCAUCCGAUGGUGACAGAGGUCCAUGACUGGCGAGAGGUAGAAGACAAGUUGCAGGCAUGGAUGCUCGUUUAGAGCUGGAUGUUUCUUAAUUUACAGCUGUGCUUCAGAUUGCGAGAUGGA